AUGGCGUCGGCACCUUCCAGUACUAUCCAUUCUUUCAAGCUCGAGAUCCCUCAGUCCAGUCUCGAUGAUUUACAAACGCGCCUUCGCUUGACCCGAUGGCCGGACAAGGAGACAGUAUCUGACUGGUCACAAGGUGUACCUCUGGCCAGAAUCCGUGAACUGUGCCAAUAUUGGCAAACAAAAUACGAUUGGCGACGAUGCGAAGCGCUUCUCAAUUCCUAUCCUCAGUUCACAACAAGUAUCGACGGGGUGAAAUUCUACUUUCUGCAUAUUCGAUCAAAGCACGAGAAUGCCCUGCCACUUGUCCUUACACAUGGCUGGCCUGGCUCGGUUCUAGAAUUCAGACACAUAAUUGAGCCGCUUGUUGAUCCUGAGUCACAUGGUGGCUCUCCUGAAGAUGCUUUCCACCUUGUCAUCCCCGCUCUUCCAGGUUACGCAUUUUCCGGGAAGCCCACGGAGAAAGGAUGGGACCACCAUCGGACUGCACGUGCAUGGACUGAGUUAAUGGACCGUUUGGGUUAUGCAGACGGCGGAUGGGUCGCUCAAGGAGGGGAUUGGGGUGCAUAUGUGGCUGCGAGCCUGGGGCAUCAAGCCCCGAAAGGAUUGAAAAGCGUCCAUUUCAAUUCCAUAUUCUUCGAACCUAAGAAAGAAGUUCAAAUAUCCACACAGAACGAGAAAGGUGAAGAACGGGCCAUGUAUCUGGACAAAUGUCGGGAUGAUGGAUUCCGUGGAUAUUCCCUUCAGCAAUCAACGAGACCGCAGACCAUCGGCUACGGGCUUGCAGACUCACCAGUGGCACAGGCGGCUUGGAUGUACGAGAAAUACAGGGACUGGUCUCACCACGACGGUGACGUGGAGACGGUAUUUAGCAAAGAUGAGAUGCUUGACACAAUCAUGUUGUAUUGGCUCUCCAACUCGAGCACAUCCUCGGCUCGCUAUUACUGGGAGUGCGGGCUAGGCUCAACUAGCUAUCAUAUUGAACUACCAGUAGGGGUCAGUUGGUUUGGUGGUGACAAUAGUUAUGCGCCCAAAGAAUGGUGUGAACGGUACUAUAAGAAUAUCAUUCAUUGGAAGGAGACUGACCGCGGCGGCCAUUUUGCGGCAUGGGAGGUGCCAGGUAUCUUUGUUGCGGAAUUACGCGAAUGGCGAAGCAAGAUUUAG